GGUGCAAACAAAAAAAAAAAACAUAGAUAAGAAUUGAAACCUAAAACAAUAUCUUAAAAGACUAGAAUUCAAGAUGAUACUCGAAAUGACUUAAAUUUUCCUGUUCUAACAACUUGUACCCAAACUGCAUCCGUGCACCCAAGUUCUCUUGUCCCCCCUCCGCCCAAUUUAGCUGACAUAUCCUAUUCUCUCUCCUCACUCUGCAUUCCACUGGUCACACUUUACACUGCUUCUUCAAAUAUAACCCAGACCCAGUACAAUUACAAUUACCACCCAAUGAAAGCCGUCAGAUCAACACCAAAGAAUUCCAGGCGUCGUCCUCUCCGCCCAUGAUCAUUUCCAUUCCAGAAUAGAGAGAAAAUCUUUCAUUUUAUCUACUCAAACAUUUAUAAAAGCUUAUCUUUUUUAUUGUCUGAAUUUGGGUUUUAGUCAUUAUUUAAUUUUGGGAUUAGAGACAAUUUUUUCUAACAGACCCACCUAAAAAAAAAUGGAGGAACUACAAAUCCAGGUUGCGCAAGCAGUUAAUGUGUUAAACCAUGAUUCACAGUCUUGCAAUAGAGUUGCAGCCAAUCAAUGGUUGAUUCAGUUUCAGCAGUCCGAUGCUGCUUGGGAAGUUGCCACGUGUCUCAUUACCUCUUCUUCCCGCCUUCCUCUUCUUUUCUCUGAUUAUGAAGUCGAAUUCUUUGCUGCUCAGAUUCUCAAACGCAAGAUACAAAAUGAAGGUCACUGCUUACAGUCGGGCACAAAGGAUGCACUGUUGAAUGCGCUUUUGAUGGCUGCUAGAAGAUUUUGCUCAGGACCUCCACAGCUAUUGACUCAGAUAUGUCUGGCACUCUCUGCACUUGUACUGCGUGCAGCAGAAUAUAGGCAACCAAUUGAACAACUUUUUUACAGUCUUCAAAAUUUUCAAACACAAGAAAAAGGAAACAUUGCUGUUUUGGAAUUGCUAACUGUUUUGCCGGAAGAAGUAGUUGAGGAUCAAAGUACUGAUAGUAGCAUAAAUUCUGCACAGAGGUCUCAGUAUACUCGAGAGCUGUUAUCACAUACUCCAAUGGUUCUUGAGUUCCUGAAGCAGCAAUCAGAAGAAAGGUCAGAAGACACCAACCAGCUGCAUGAAAGGAAUAAAAAGAUAUUGCGGUGCUUACUCAGCUGGGUCCGAGCAGGUUGCUUCUCUGAGAUUGCUUCCGGCUCAUUGCCUUCUCAUCCUCUCCUGAAUUAUGUGUUCAACUCAUUACAGGUUUCAUCGUCUUUAGAUCUGGCUGUUGAAGUUCUUGUCGAGCUUGUGAGCCGCCAUGAGGAGUUACCUCAGGUUCUAUUAUGUAGGGUUCAGUUCUUAAAGGAUGUUCUACUUCUUCCAGCUCUUGGCAAUGGAGAUGAGAAAACAGUCAGUGGAAUUGCUUGCUUAAUGUCAGAAAUUGGUCAGGCGGCACCAUCUCUGAUUGUUGAAGCAAGUUCGGAAGCUCUGAUCUUAGCAGAUGCACUAUUGAGCUGUGUGGCAUUUCCUAGUGAAGAUUGGGAUAUUGCAGAUUCAACAUUACAGUUCUGGGGUAGCCUUGCCAGUUUUAUACUUGGCCUCAAUGCAGACGAUAGAAAAAGAAGGGAACAUAUAGAAAAAAUGUUUUUCCCUGUCUUCUCAACCUUACUUGAUGCUCUACUGCUGCGAACUCAGGUUGACGAAUCUACUUAUGAUGGAGAUGGAGGAAGCAGUGAGCUGCCUGAUGGUCUUGCAAAUUUCAGAAUGAGCUUGGCCGAACUUCUGUUGGAAAUCUGUCACUUUUUAGGAUCUUCUACAUAUAUACAGAAGGUUUUCCUCGGUGGUUGGGUGUCAGGAAACAUGCCAAUUGCUUGGAGGGAGAUAGAAGCCAAACUCUUUGCACUUAAUGCGAUUGCUGAAUUAGUCAUACAGGAGAAUAAAAAAUUUGACCUAUCUCUAAUUAUGCACUUGGUGACUAUUUUAUCCAGCGGUUCAUCUAAUAAAUCUACAGGAUUCAUGUGCAUUGUAUACAGAUCACUUGCUGAUGUUAUUGGAUCGUAUUCGAAGUGGAUAUGUGCUCUUCAAAUAAAUGCUAGAUCUUUGCUAUUAUUUCUUGCUGCAGGUAUCUCAGAGCCUCUCUCUGCUAGCGCAUGUGCAUCUGCCUUACGUAGAAUAUGUGAAGAUGCAUCUGCAAAAAUGUUUGAGUCCUCAAAUUUGGAGAUUUUAAUCUGGAUUGGAGAGGGUCUGGAUAAACAACAUCUACCACUAGAAGAUGAAGAAGAAGUUGUAGGUGCAAUUGCUCUUGUUGUUGGGUUUCUUCCUAGUAAUGAGCUGAAGAACAACUUGUUGACUAAGUUACUCUCUUCUAGCUAUGAUGUGAUCGGAAAACUGAACUGCAAUCCUAAAAUAAUUCAGAUUAAUGAUAAAGAGCAUGGUUUGAGGCAGAAUCCAGCUGCUUAUACACAAAUCUUGAACUCUGCCGCCAGAGGAUUGCACAGGAUAGGAACUGUUCUUAGUCAUCCUGCUGCACCCUUGUCCGUUGGAUCUGCUGCAGAUGAUCCACUUCUUGUAAUGUUAAGCAUAUUUUGGCCAAUGAUAGAGAAACUUUUCAAAUCAGAACAUAUGGAAAAUGGAAGCUUAUCAGCAGCUGCUUGCAGGGCUCUUUCUCAAGCUAUUCAUUCAUCAGGCGAACAUUUCACGGCGCUCUUACCCACCGUUCUAGACUGCCUAUCUACAAAUUUUAUCUCUUUCCAGAAUCAUGAGUGUUACAUCAGAACAGCUUCUAUUGUUGUUGAAGAAUUCGGUCAUAGAGAGGAAUAUGGACCUCUAUUCAUCUGCACUUUUGAGAGAUUCACCAAUGCAGCAUCAGUUACAGCUCUUAAUUCAUCAUACAUAUGUGAUCAAGAACCUGAUUUGGUGGAGGCCUUUGUUGCUUUCACAUCUAGUUUUGUCCGUGUAUCUCCCAAGAAGGUAUUGGCAGCAUCUGGUUCUCUACUAGAAGCAUCCCUGCAAAAAGCAGCAAUAUGCUGCACAGCCAUGCACCGUGGUGCUGCUCUUGCUGCUAUGUCAUAUAUGUCAUGUUUAUUGGAGGCUGCUUUAAUCUCCCUGUUAGAAUCUGUGUCAAACAUGUCUGAAGAUGCCUUCAGUGGCGUGGUUAUUCAAGUCAUAUCUAAUAGUGGUGAGGGACUUGUCUCAAAUGUGCUGUACGCUCUGCUUGGAACCUCUGCAAUGUCAAGGGUUCACAAAUCUGCAACAAUUUUGCAACAGCUGGCUGCAGCUUGUUGUUUGAGUGAGAGAACAUCUGGGUCAGCAGUCCUUUGUUGGGAGUCCCUGCAGAAAUGGCUUCAUUCAGCGGUAAUUCUUGCAAUCCUACCACAUGUUCUAAACAUUAUCAGUUACAGCCUUACCCUUUCUCUGGCCUCUCACUCAAUUGAAAGGCUGCUUCAAGUUCAAGUGCUACUGGUUCAUACACUGCCAGCUGAGUACUUGAAGCAAGGUGAAGCUGAAUCUUUAGUCCCAAGCUGGCUAAAGGCCCUAGCAGCUGCCGCCUCUGAUUAUCUUGAGAGUAAAACGUGUAAUGGAAUGAAGACUGAUUAUGGCCAUAUGCAAGGUAAAGGAGGAAGGGUAUUGAAAAGAUUGGUACGUGAAUUCGCAGAUAAUCAUCGAAAUCUACCAAUUUUUACAUGAGAUGUUGACCGAUCAAACUCAACUUCCUGCCUGUGAGACCGCGAUUGCUGCAACAAACUUGAGCUUCAGAACUUUUGCUUAGCAACUUUAAGGUUACUAGGUGCUGAAAUGAAGCAGUGAUUCCUUCACAUUUCUUUGUUCAAAUUAUUGUACAGCAUUACUUCCCCAAUUUUGUCGUGCUUUGGGGUUCAAACUGCCAAAUUUUGAUCCUCGACAAUUCGAAUCCACCCUCAUGUAAUUUUGAGUUUUAGGAAGAAAAAUUAUAAAUAGGUAAAGAUGCCCUGAGUGUAUCCGAUCACCCCGAGCCCUGCUCUUAUUGGGGCCUUGUGAGGUGAGCUGCGAGAUUGUGUAAAUUAGUGGAAGUAACUCAGCAGUCAGCAUUCUCCAAAUGAAGCACUUACCAAUGUAGCGAGGGCCUAUUUCAGAAUUGUGAUAUAAGCGGAAUGAUUAUCAUUAUUACUCUUAUAAUUUUGUGAAUCAUUCAGGUUACAAUAACUGCCGAUACAAUAAGCUUAACUUCUCAUUGCAUUUCAUUAAUUUCUAGAAUUUUUUUCAUAGAUAUGGCAAAAGCAAGUUUUAGUUCU